GAUGGAGUUUCAGGGCAAUGCAACCACCUUAGAGCCGACAUUUGGGACAAAUGUCACAGAUGGUGACUUCAGCAACGGGAUGGCUGUCUCAGAAUGGCCAACACCGGGCGACCACUUGGUGAUCUGCGGCAACGAGAGCACUACCCUCCCGCCGGAAUGUAACGUGACCACGGCACCGCCCUUAGACCCCCUGGGAGGACACCAGGUUUGGGAGGUGGUGCUGAUAUGUCUGCUCACCUGUUCUCUCAGUAUCAUCACCGUCGGAGGAAACAUUCUGGUCUUCGUGUCCUUCCGAGUCAACCGACAACUUCACACCGUCAAUAACUACUUCCUGCUGAGUCUGGCGGUGGCCGACACCCUGAUCGGACUCUUGUCCAUGAACUUGUACACCGUGUAUAUGGUGAUGGGCAGGUGGGCCUUAGGACCGGCGAUCUGUGACCUGUACUUGACCGUGGACUAUGUGAGUUCCAACGCCUCCGUCAUGAACUUGUGCGUGAUCAGUUUUGACCGCUACUUCUCCAUCACCCGUCCGCUGACGUACCGCGCCAAGAGAACCCCCAGGCGGGCCGCCUGUCUGAUCGCCUUGGCCUGGGUGACGUCGGUGCUGGUGUGGGCACCGCUCAUCGUGGGCUGGCAGUACAUCGUGGGCGGUAGGAACGUACCGGAGGGCCAGUGCUACAUCCAGUUUAUAGAGGACAGUGUUUACGUGAACUAUUUAACCAUAGCAGUGGCUUUUUACAUCCCGGUCAUUAUCAUGUGUACUCUGUACUACAGGAUCUACAGGGAGACGCAGGAGAGACAGAAAAACCUUUCUGUGUUGCAAGCAAGUAGCAAGUUUACAACAUCCCGAUCGAAUACUUCGCUAACGUCUUCGGCAAAGCUAUCCGAAGGACAUCGCCACCAGGCUAAGGCGCACGACGCUGUAGACCCUAGUGGAAAAGGAGAUGAACGUCCUUCCAUCUCAAGAAAAGCAUCAUAUAAGGACGAUGAAUCGUCACUGGAGAGCCCUGAUAGCAUACCCACCAAGGCAGAUCCCAAAACGAAACACAUUGUCACCGAGAAACCCACAAAGCACGCUUCAAGACUGAAGAAGUACAACAUCAUCACUAAAAUAUCAAAAGAUGGAAGCAUGGGUAAGAAGGCCAAAAUGCCGGCAACAGAGAUCAUAGAUGACCCAAACACCCGGGCUCCUUCACCGGGGGACACCAGACGCAGGCGUGGCGCUCCACUCACCAGAAUGAAUGCUCACUACAGCAAGGGCAGAAGGGGAAGGAGAAAUGGAAGUUUUGCCAACUUGCUGAGAACGAGUAAGGCUCUACGAAUGUUGAGUGCCAUUCUCUUAGCUUUUGUCAUUACCUGGUUACCAUAUAGUGUGACUGUGCUAUUUAAACCAUUUUGUGAAGUGCCACAGAUAGUCUGGGACGUAGGGUACUGGCUGUGCUACGUCAACAGCACAAUCAACCCUUGGUGCUAUGCCUUUUGCAACAAGACAUUUAGGAAAACACUGAAGGACGUUCUGGUCUGCAAGUACUGAAGAUUCUCUCUAAACCUUGACUGAAGAGACACUUACGAGCAGACUUAGUGUUCAGAACAUGAAUCUAUUAAUCAAACAAGACCGUUGUAUAACAGUGCCCUUUUAGUAUCAGGUGAUGGUAACUUCACCUAUCAAAGUGUUCCCAUGAUGGUGUUAAGGACCAUGAACGGGGACUAUCGCACUGUUCACGUGAUUGUGUUCAGCACCAUGGACAGGGACCACCACACUGGUUGUGUGAUGGUGUUCAGCACUAAGGACGGGGACCACCACACUGUUC